UGCGUGCGUACGCUACGUCGGGGUGUCACGAACGCCCUUACUCAUUUGCGAAUGAAAGCGUGAGAAUUAUCAAUUCCACAAUAGCACGGCGGUGAGGAUAUCGACUAAAUCAUUGAGAGGGCUUGCAGUAUAGAUUGAUAUAUUCUAUGCCCUCUCAUCUGAUAAAACCGCAUUGAUCAAGUGACUACUAGUAUAUACGAGUUACUGUUGCCGCUCCUGGAAGGCGGAAUAGAAAGGACUCGAUGAGCACGUAUAGUUUCAGAUGCGACGUUCAUUGCCAUGGUUACUGGUUAUUUUAUGUAUCAUUCCCGGCCGGCGGAAUACCACGUAGAGUAGCGGAGCAGACGCCACGCGAAAGUCGGGCUUUACAGCAUCUACAGGAGACCGCUCAGUGCGGGGGAGUUCGGAAGUUUGCUCUUCGCGUUCCAAUUGCAGUUAUUGCACCAACGGGUAUUUGACGGGCAAUUCUUACAAAGCGAAAAGGCAUUGUUUAGCAUCAUGCUCCGCCCGAGUUUGCUUUCCGACCCGACGACUGAGCAAGUUUAUACAAUCUGCUUCUGAUCACACACCCAACCAUAAUACACAAAACAUCUUUCCCGCGACUGUUGCUCUUGUGACAAUAGUAGCUGCCUCCCCUGAACUUCAAGAGGAGAAAUCAAGCAUUAUUUUUGUCCCCUCCCCUUCAUCGUCAUAUCGCCAGAGAAACGCAGGGAUCGUGAGCAAAUCACUGCGUGUGGUUGUUGCGACCACAAGGCACACAGUUGAAUGAGCACGCAAUACAAAGCAAACAAUAAUAAUAAUUCCAUUUUUUUUCCCUUAUGAAUGGCGUCGAUGCCAUACACUGGUUGCUGGGGUGACGAGCCUUUGUCCUCGAACCCUAGAUAAAAGGACCAACCAUUAAGGGGGUAAAAGAGACUGCGGGAACGUGGGAAAGCGUUUCCAAUCAAACCUGUUGGAACAUAUUUUCACAAAAGAUGAAGAGCCUGGUUAUAAUGGAAGUACACCUGUUGAAUACGGCGUGAUACAAUAAACUCUUCUAUACGUGAUGGAGCUGUGAAGAAAUCUGGUGACGACGCAUCUGUGUAAUAAUGUUUUCGUAAACCCGACAGCGAUGCAACGGCUGCAGUUAUUAUUAUAAUAGGCCUUACUUUUUGUCAUACGCGGGAAAAACACUCGUUUUUUAUCACAAUCCACGAAUGAACCAGUGAUAAUUAUAUUAUUUACAUCAUUAUUAUAGAACAUGGACAAUUAUUGUGUUGAAAGGAAUGAUAUCAAAGUGACGCCGAAGUUAGUAACUGGAUAAAAAGCUGGAAGUUGCAGAGCCUUUCCAUCGUUAUUGUGUUGUUUUGCAUCGAUUGGAUAUCUAAAGCUGGUCGCAGUCGUACUGAAUUAUAUUAUUGUUCGACAAGCAGGAAGUAGUUUGGAGAAAUGUUUUCUCUCAAACUUUUUGAUUAGGAACUUCACCCCCACAACACCUUUAACGUCAUUCUACAUAAUAUGAACAAAUUUGCGAGUGUUUUCUUUAAUCGAAUGUAGUCAUUGCUGCCCUACAUGCGUAAAUCAUAACAGGAUUCAACGGGUUAUUUCUCUGAGAUAAACCAUCGUUUCAUUCACGGAUUCUAAGAUGCUGUUUGCAAGCCCUCUUCUAAAGAAAGAGCACAAAAGAUUUAUUUGAGUUUUGAGUAGAAGUUCAAACUAACCGAAAACUACUCAAGGUGUGUUUACAUAUGCCUGGAAGGAAACUCUUCUGCAGAGUGACUGUUAUCUACACAAACUCUACAAACAUCCUGAUUGAGAAAUUUGUGCCGGUAGUUUGACGAGCCAAUAGUUUUAUUGCAGAUACAUUAUUGUGAAUUAUAAGGAAUAAAAUGGCGGAUAACAAUAUCAUCUAUUUGAUGUCAGCGGUAUUGCUGUGCUUUUUUGCUUUAUACCACGAUGCUGCGGCGCAGAGUGUGGAGAACCAGCAAGAAAUCACUGUGGCGCCUAAAGACACGAACGCCAUCCGCGGAGAACUGGCGACCCUCUACUGCACCAUCGCCAACCAAAUCGGCGUGCCAUCGUGGUCGAAAGACGGCGAGAUCAUCGCCGUCAAGCCCAUCGACACCUCGGGCGAUGCCGGUGAGCACCGAUGGGCGAUCUUCGGCGACGAGUCCGCCGGCGAGUUCAACCUCCAGAUCGUCAACGUGGAUGAUUCGGACGCGGGUGUGUAUACGUGCAUGGUCUCUCUGCCGUCGACCGGUUCAUUGUACGAUGGGUAUUUGACGUCGCAGCCUGCAGCCCUGCACGUUCUCCCACCGCCCGAUGGCGACUUCCCAGAGUGCCUCAUCAGCAUCGAAGGCACCUUGGAUGUCGGGGAAGCAGUCGAGUUCACGUGUGCCUAUCGAUCCAACAACACCCACCAAGUCCAGCUUUACUGGACGAAACAAGACGAUGCUUCCUUCGUGCCGACGAGCCCGGAGACGCACAUCCGCGAUGGUUUUAUCGUCACUCAGUUCUACCACAGUAUCACUCGAGACGAUCAUCUUUCCACCUUCCAGUGCAUUGCCGAAAGCUCCGGCCUACCUUCCGCUCGCUCCUGCACGACGGGUUUCAUCGUCGUGCGGCAUGUCCCCGACGUUAUGAUAACGCCCGCCUCGCCAUCGGUACGCCGCGGUGACGGCGUCAACUUCGUGUGUCUGAUCAGGUCGUCGUACCCGGCGGAUUUCACCUACUCGUGGACGUACAAAGGACUAUCGCUGGAAGACUUCGGGGAUAAGAUCACCGCGGAAGGAACGCAGAUAUCUAUCAAUGACAUCGGGGAUGAUGAUAGUGACGCGGUUGUUGCUUGUGAAGCGGAAAAUGAGGUCGGUUCCAGCCGUGCUACCGCGGUUAUAGAAAUCGCAUCAGCAUCAUCUCCGAAAAACAUCUAUACCUGGGUUAUUCCUCUUGCUAUUGUCGUGGCAGUUAUUUUAAUCAUCUUGAUCAUCAUAUCUGUGGUCUUUGAAUGCAAAUGCUGCUGUAGGAGGUAUGUCCGCACCAAGAAACUGACGGCGAGUGGAUGGUCUGCUGAAAAUUUUGUAAUGGAAACGCGGCUUCAAGUGCCAGAAAGACGCAGCAGUGACGCAACCACUGACUUCGUCAUGACUCGGAACAUCACAACCCCUGCAAGGGGGGCACCAAGAGCCAGUCAACAGCAGCGGAACCAAAGAGCCGAUAUGAGGUACAUUCAGGAAACAGCCAUCGACAAUGUCAAUCAGAUACGUCCCGAUUCUCAGCUACAGCGUCACUACGGCAGCUUCGGCGUCGAGCAGCGCAAGCAGCGACCGCGCAACGGGACGUCCAGCCCUCACCAAAACGUUGGUUCCAAGAUGAUGGGGUACACCGAAGUGGACGCCCCAUCGCCGUACACGAACGUCAGCCCCGGGUUCAGCGACUCCGGCGUCGACUACCAAUCGUCGCUGGACGGGAGCCCAAGUCCAACGCCAACGCCAAGGGUAGAUUCAACACCACCGUACGCGCAGGUACGACGGGGUGGUCGAACAUCACGGGUCGGCGGCUCUCGGCUAAGUGUUCAAGAAAGGCAAAGCAUUAUGGAUGAACUAUAAUAGGCCCAUUAUGUCCUUUUUUUGAGAUAGUUUCUGCGUGACUGAACAAAAAGUUUGUGCAAUAUGCACUUUUUUUAAAAUAUACAUGAGACGAUUCUCACUUUGUUGUUGGUUCCGUUCAUCUUUACAUGGGAAGGGUUAUGGAAUAGAUAAAGCCUUUGCAUGUAGUUGAAUUUUCCUUUACAUGGAAUAAGUUGGAUAAAAGGUUUUUUCUGUUGAUCACUGCAACCUCAAAAGGUUUAUGCAUAAACCAGUUAACCAAUAUGUAAUAUAUGGUGGAUCGUAUCCGGACACCUACCCCUGGACAACCAUCCCCGGUUAACCACCUCCGGAUAACUACCCCUAGGACAACUAUCCCCUAGGUCAACUACCCUCUAGGUCAGCUACCCCAGAUAUAUACCCCGGACAACUAACGCCACACAACUACAUCCACACAACUACCCCUUAGAGCAACCGCCCUCUAGGAUACCUCCUUGACAUCUACCACCAAUGUACCACUACCACCCAACUACCCAUGGACAAUAACCCUUAUUAUCAAUCGGGGGGUAGUUGUCCGAGAGGGUGAUUGUCCUAGAGGGUAGUUGUCUGGUGGUAGUUGUCCAGGGGUAGUUGUCCUAGGGGUAGUUACCAGAGGGUAGUUAUCGGGGGGGGGGGGGUGUCCUAGAGGUGGUUGUCCUAGUGAGUAGGUGUCUAGGUAGUUGGCCGGGGGUAGUUGUCUUUUUGGGGUAGUUACCGGGGGGGGGGGGGGGUUGUACUCAUCCUAGACGGUAAUCGUCCUGGGGGUAGUCGUCCUAGAGAGUAGUUAUCCUAGGGAUGGUUAUCCGGAGGGUGAUUGUCAAGUUUUUUUGUAUAAUGCUGUGGAUAUUUUUAUUUCAUUUGUCCAUUGGGAAGUAUUUUUACAUGACUUAUGAUGUAUGGCUUUUGAAUAUUAUUGAAAAAAAAGCAUUAUUUUAUGUGUUUAAAUAAAAAAAAAAGUGUUCGGAUUUUAUCAUAAUUUGCAUACUGGUUAGUUGGCUGAGAAUUCUGCAAAUUUAUUAUGAUAUAUGAGGCCUAACAAAUAAAAAUGUUGUAUUGCCCUUUGCGACCGACCCCAUAAUUUUGAAAUCGACGGUCGGGUAUAAAAAAAAAAUAAAAAAAAAACGUUUU